AUGGCGAAUCCUCUGCAGUUUGCCUACCGAACCCAAAAGGCCAUUGGCGUCACCAAUGCCGCGCCUGCCUACGAGCCUCUCGCCGAGUUCGUCAAGCCGGAAGGGAACUUGCGUUGCUGUGUCUAUUCGCCUUGUGGCCGCUACCUUGCCUGGGCGACUAGCGACCGUGUCGGCAUUGUUGAUGCCACCACCGGUCAUGUCUUCACUUCCGUCACCGUCGUUAAUGUCUUCGAGGUCGCCUUUUCCCCCAGGGGUACCUAUUUCAGCACCUGGGAACGCCCUGCCAAGGACGAGGCCGGUGAUGCCACCAAGAACCUCAAGAUCUGGCGUACCGUUGAGGAGCUGACCGAAGGCGCCGAGAAGCAGCCCAUUGGACAGUUUGUUCAAAAGUCCCAGACGGGCUGGAACCUGCAAUACACCUCUGACGAAAAGUUUUGCGCUCGUAGCGUGACAAAUGAGGUGCAGUUCUUUGAAAGCCACGAUCUCCGAACUGUUUGGAACAAGCUGCGGGUCGAAGGUGUGACUGAUUUUGCCAUUGCUCCCGGCAAGAGCCACAACGUUGCCGUCUUUGUUCCUGAGCGCAAGGGCCAACCCGCAAGCGUCCGAGUGUACAACGUUCCUCAGUUUACGAACCCGAUUUCGCAAAAGACCUUUUUCAAGGGCGACAAGGUCCAACUCAAGUGGAACAGCUUGGGAACGGCACUGAUUGUGCUGGCACAAACCGAAGUGGACAAGUCCAACAAGAGCUACUAUGGAGAGACUAACCUGUAUCUCCUAUAUGCCAACGGUGGCUUUGACGCUCGCAUUACCCUGGAUAAGGAGGGUCCGAUCCAUGAUGUGUCUUGGUCACCCAACGGCAAAGAAUUUGGAGUCAUUUACGGUUAUAUGCCCUCGAAGACUACCAUCUUCAAUCAGCGCGCCGUCGCCAUGCAUUCCUUCCAGAUUGCUCCACGCAACACCAUGAUCUUCUCACCCACCGGUCGCUUUGUCUUGGUGGCCGGCUUUGGAAACUUGGCAGGUCAGAUCGACGUCUACGACCUGGAGAAGGACUAUCGAAAGAUUUGCACCAUUGAAAGUGGUAAUCCUAGUGUCUGUCAGUGGAGUCCAGACAGCCGUUACAUCAUGACAGCCACCACCUCCCCGCGCCUCCGUGUUGACAAUGGAAUCAAACUCUGGCACGUCAGCGGCACCAUCAUGUACAAUGAGGAUAUGACCGAGCUGUACACCGUCGGAUGGCGUCCGGUUCUGCCAGAGAAUACUCCUACUGCGGAUCCUCUGACUCCUCUGCCUGUCGCGCACUCCUCCGCAGUCGCAUUCUUGGGCACAGUCAAGACACCGUCAAAGCCCGUGGGCGCCUACCGCCCUCCCGGUGCCCGCGGUAUGUCUACCCCUCUUCACUUCCGACGUGAAGAUGAGGGUGGUGCCGCUCAUGUCAUGAGCAACGGAACAGCCAAUAUUGGACCCAAUGGCUUUGGUCGUGCACGCCGCCAAGUGCCUGGUGCUGAAACCAUCGAUUCUGGUGCCCGCACUGUUCCUGGUGCUGCCCCAGCAGCUGAUGGCGACGACAGUCUUUCCAAGGCUGCCCAAAAGAAUAAGAAGAAGCGUAACAACAAAAAGAAGCAAGGUGGCGAGGGUCAUGAUGCCAACGGUAAUGCGGGUGGUCUUGCUCCCCCAUCUAGCGAGCAGGGUGCCGCAGCUGGUAACGAUGGCCGCAGCCCCGAACGCCGAGGUAACCGCAACAACCACCAGCACAGCCGCAGUCGCUCGCGGAACAACGCGCCCGGCGGUAACAACCCGGGCCGCAACCGCAGCAACACGGCGCGCAAUGGUGAAGGAUACGCCGUGCGCGAUGGUGGCGCUCCCCUGAACCCCCAGGUCCAGACUGCACAGAUUCCGUCCAUUGUCGAGUCCCCUCUCUCCCCUGGUAGCCAGAACCCAGCUGCAAAGAAGCUCAGGAGCUUGCAAAAAAAGGUUCGUGCCAUUGAAGACCUGGAGAUGCGCCACGCCGGCGGCGAAAAAUUGGAGGAUACGCAGAUUAAAAAGAUUUCUACCAAAGCCUCUGUCCUCAAGGAGCUCGAGACUCUAGAAAAGCAGGGUAUCUGA